AUGAGGGAGAGGGAGAGGAGUGAGUAGAGGGAGGAGGGAGGAUGAGGCGUGAGGGACAUGAGAGGGAGAAUGGGAGCUGACCUCACGGAUCAGGAACUGGGGUGGUGGUGUCUGAGAGUCGACGGGAGGGAGCGCUACCUCUGCCUAGAGAGAGGGAAGAGAGAGGAUUUUAUGGGGGUGAGGAGGCCUUGCCUGGGGACAGGGACCAGGCCCUUCAGCAGACACCUGUCCUCCUGGUCCAGCAGGCUGGUGGAUGUACUGCUAACAAGAGCCCAGGUGACCUGUCAGGCCUCUCUUCUGAUGGCUGCAGCGGGGGACUGUACAGGGCCGGAGCCCGCUACGGUGGCCCUGCAGGGACCUCAUUAGGGACUGUUGUAUUCCACCUGCAGAGAAAAGACGGAGGGACGGAAGAAGGAACUCACCACGCCCACCUCCCACUGGCCAGCAGCAGCUCAACAUACACACAGACCUCUCCCUCUCGGUUUGACACACACACUGGCUCUCUGUCCCAGCUCAACACACAGACCCACAACCAGACAGAACGCACUGCCUCUCUGUCCCAGCUCAACACACAGACCCACAACCAGACAGAACACACUGCCUCUCUGUCCCAGCUCAACACACAGACCCACAACCAGACAGAACACACUGCCUCUCGGCUGGACAGACACAGACGCAGCCAGGCUGUACGUGGCCUAUCGCUAGCGGCCUUGGAGGGCCAGUUCAGUCGUGGCGUGAUGAAUCGAUCCAGGACCACGGUGGAGAAAUACGUGGAGGAAGAGGUGGAGGAAGAGGUGGAGGACACCCAGGCUGGGGCUAGGAGGGAGGAGGAGGUUCAGCAGGGCUUUAGCUUUAGGCUGGGUUCUCUGGUUAGCAGGGUGUCUAGGGGUGAGGAGGAGGCGCAGGAGGAGAGCCAGUUCUCUGCCUCUGGGCUGGGUGGUCUGGUUAGAAGGGUGUCCCGUAUAUCUGGGCUUGGGGGGGAGCAGGUGCUAGACUCUCCGGGGGAAGAGGGCUCUGUCUCUGGGAGGGGUUCUCUGGUCAGCAGGGGGGUCUCCUGGAUGUUCCCGGACGCGGGGCGUCUCUUGCGCUGCUCCCCCCCGAGAGUCCUGCAGCAGGUCUGGGACAGCACAGGAGUUCUGCAGCCUGGAGCUAGAGGAAGGGCUGGAAGUCUGCAGCCUGGAGCCUGGGGAGGAGCCAGCUCCAGCUGGUCAAGUCAGGUUGUCUCCAUGGUGAAGGAGAAUCGGGUGCUGUCAAUGGUCAAAGACAGCCAGGUCUUCUCAUUUGUCAGAGAGAGUCACAUGUUCUCCUAUGUUAAAGACAGUCAGGUGUUCUCUAUGGCCAGUGAGCUGCCAUUGGUGCAACACUUAAACACAGCGCUAACUCAAGACUUCAGGAGCAUUCCCAUUGCGCUCACUCAGGAUCUUCAGCCAGUGGAGUCAACUGGAAUACAGCAGAGAGCUAUUGUCCUCAACACAGCACCAAAAAUAAACCUUACAACCCACAAUACUGUCCUCAGCCCAGCAACAAGCCUGUACCUAGCCCAGAAUGCCAUUGAGUUCCCACAUAAACAGAACACCGGUAAAGAAGUGGAUCGGAGAACAGGGGAACAGAAUCUCAUCAGAAAACUGGAGUGGACACCGGUGCCGGAGGGCAGAGAGGAUGCUCUAUCUACAUCAGAGGAACAGAGUAUAACCAAGGAGGAGCUGUGGUCUCCAGAGGACCAGAUAGAGGAGGACCCACAGUGUGUCACCGAUGGAGCCAACGGCAGCAAGCCGCAGUCCCCUCCAGAGCAGGGGGACAACGCCAGGUCUGCAGGUCCAGAGAAGAGCUCUGUGCCUGGGCAGAGGACUGAGGGUGUCCAGGUAUAUUACCAGGUGUGUUUCUUCUGCAUAUUAUAAAAUGUACAAAGUGUAUCAAAUAAUUCAGCCUUCGAUGUUGCUUUAGUCAAAUGAACCAUUUCUCGCUCUUUCUCUCAGAGACUGGUGGAGUUCCCAGGGGCUCUGGUUAAACUCCAGUCCCUUCCCGUGUCCACCCUCCUGGGCUGUCUCCAAUCCGUCCUCCCCUCUGUCUUAACCUCUCAGAGACUACUGGCUCUCUGCUGGCUGGGCGUGGCCAACUGCAGCCAGCCCCGCCCACACCCUUCCCUCGUUCUCCUGUUGGAGUCCUGCCUCUACGCCCUGACCCUUGACCCCGACACGCCCGAUCAGACUAUGCCUCUGACAGUGUUCCAUCACCUUCCGCUGCUGCAGAUCAAGGAGAUCCAGGUAGGCCAACAAAUAAAUAAAAUAUAUGUUAUUGUUCUGCCAAUUUUAAAUAAUUUACCUAUUUUCUUUUAUUAAAUAUAGUUAUCCUCAUCAUUAUCAUCAGUAUUAUCACCAUCAUCUAGAUUUUCCUAAUUAUAUAUCCAUCGGUCUAGGUGGGUUUUGGCGGUCAGAGCCUACGCCUCACGGCCUCCAGUGAGGAGAGUGUCCUCACUCUCUACACCCACAGGUAAAGGAGAGGACCACAGUGCUCCACUCUUAUCCUCUAGCCUAGAGUACACAGAUGAAAAGGUGCUUGGAGCCAACAGUUGAUCGCGAUCGAUCGCCAAUCAGUCUCACAUUAUUAUUAUAUAUAUAUUUUUAAAGUAGGCUAUUACUUGAAUAAAAGUAGGUUGUAAAGUAGGUAAUGUCUUCGUGUGGUCUACUAAGACACGGGGUUGCAUUUAUUGUCCUGAAUCUUGCCAUGGAGGCAACUCUGCACAGAGUGGUCACUAGCUGGCAUAGCCACAAAGUCAUAAAAUCUGAUUUUCAACCUAACCUUAACCACACAGCUAACCCUAAUGCCUAACCCUAAUGCCUAACCCUGACGUUAAAGUGGAACUGACCAGCGUUUUAGCAACAUGAAAUCUUAUCAAAAUCUGUUCCAAUACGCCACAAGAGGUUGGUGGCAGCUUAACUGGGGAAACGGGCUCGUGGUAGUGACUGGGGCUGAAUCAGUGGAAUGGUAUCAAAUACAUCAAACACAUGGUUUCCAGAUGUUUGAUACCAUUGCUCUGUUCCGGCCAUUAUUAUGAGCCUCCACUGAUAUUCACCCUCAGGAAGAAUGUCACUUUUUAUUUUAUUUAUUUUUUACAUUUUCUGACAAGCGAGCACUUAGAUAUAGUCAUUUUCACGUUUUCAUCAAUUCUUAGAAUGUUUGGGAAUGACGUAUAGUAAGGCCUUUUGUGAACAUUCUAUAUCAAUAUAGAGGAAAAAACAGAUGUGCAUUUGGACAAUUAAUAGACACUGCAGUAAAUAAAACCUAAUAAAAACAUCUGUCUUGUCCAAGACCGGAGUCUACGCAGACCGGUGCGCCAUAGCCAGUCAGAGCUACACUAUGCAAAUAAGCCAUUUGCCACACGGGCCUGCCAUCAUUAACUUUGAACUGGUCUGUGUGUAUACAAGCAGUAGCAACAGCGCAAAUUUAAAUAAUUAGAACGCAUUUGACAAAAGCCACAAAAUACACCCGACUGGAUUUCUGCAAAUAUAUAUAUAUAUAUAUAUAUAUAUAUAUAUAUAUAUAUAUAUAUAUAUAUAUAUAUAGAUAUAUAUAUAUAUAUAUAUAUAUAUAUAUAUAUAUAUAUAUAUAUAGAUAUAUAUAUAUAUAUAUAUACCAUGGGAGUCCUUUUACAUUUGGGAACUUCAGUCCUAUUGAUCAAACAACCAUGAAACGGUAGGCUAUCUCUCACUCAGUUGCCUAUGCACAUAAAAAACAAGAUCAGCAACUAAUGCUAGCCAGAGCGAGAUGAGCUAAAAUCUAACGAGGCCUCAAACUUUUUCAGCUAGUUGGCCGUCAAAAUUGCACUGAUAAACAAUGGGGAAAAGUAGCCUGCUCGCCCUUCUGCAGCUUGCCUGGCAAUGCAUGCUUCUCCCAACCCACGUUUUGACAACUGAAUGGGAACUUGCCUUGCCUGCCCGCCCAUUUGAUCGAUGCCAAAUACAUUUGAUUGACAACUAAGAGAUAUGCUAACUGUGGAUAAGUCAUUCAGCAUAGCUAGCUAGCAAAGCUAUUCACAUUUCUUGCUAGCUAACCAAAUGACACCUGUAUCUAGCUGUAGCCACCGAAAACUAUAUGGAGGAAAAGUUGGUCACUCACCCACUCCUACAAUGACAUGACAUCCUCACAGCAGCUAGCUAGCUAAUGUUAGACUCCGUGUUACGCUAGCCCAGGGUUGUCAAACUCAAUAUUGAAAAAAACACAACGAAUUCGCGGGCCAGACACAUCCUAUUUUUUGUUUUUACAAAAAAAAACAUGCAACCCAAACUAGCCAUUGUUCUAUUCGAAAAAGAUGUCCCUUUUUUAUAGUGUCCACAUACACUACAUCACCAAAAGUAUGUGGACACCUGCUCGUCGAACAUCUCAUUCUAAAAUCAUGGGCAUUAAUAUUGAAACUGAAACGGUGCAUCCUGAAUGGGUGGAAGAUGUACCAGGCCAGCUCUGAUUUACAACCUGAUGGCAAUAUUUAUUUGGACUACAAAGAAAUGUAUUGGUGAAUUAUAUGAAUCAUGCAUUUAUCUGCCUCCAUCUAUUCUGCCAACAAUGUCUUACUGUACGUCUUGGAAUUUUUUGUCAAAUAGAACCUAUUUUUAAAACCUCUUUAUAAAGUUGGUUUUGAAGCAAAACUGGGAAUUUGAUAUUUUUGACUGAUAUUAUGAUUGUCUGUUUUGUUUCAUAUCUGCAAGGUAGUGAAAAGGCUGUCAGUUCCACUUUAAAUUAACACCGAAAAGCUCAUUUUUCUUUUCAUGAAUUUUUAUCAAAUUCUGACUUUGCAGCUGGCCUAUCUAGCAGAAAUCUCUCAGUUCUGCCUCCAGAUUCAUGACAAUAAACGUCAACCUGCUACUAAGACAUGCUACUUGAAUAAGAGAGAAACAUUUUGAUCAAAGCUUCAAUUGCACCCUCUGCUGUACCUCCACACCCCACAGCCAGACCUUCACCCAGUCCCUCACCCUCACCCUGCUAGGGGUGGUCUCCCCUGGGGACCAGCGAGUGGCACAGCACCCCCUCCUGAAGGAGGACCUGAUGGAGCUGUCACUGAACUGGAAGGCCCAGGUACCUGACCUGCUGUUGGGUGCUGGGCUCAGGCUGUCUGGUCAGUUCCACAAGACCCUAGCUGACCUGGUGUAUCUACUGCAUGGCAACAUGGACAGGUAGUAGUAGUAGUAUUGUAUUCGUAGUAUUGUUGUUGUUGUUGUUGUAGUAGUAUUGUAGUAGUGUUUGUUGGUCUUGAAAGGAUGGCUCAUAUUAUAGCUCUAUAUUUUGUCUAUUUCAGGGAAAGGAAGUCAGUGUGCAGAUAAGAGCUGAAGACGUAAAAUAAAACUCAAAUGUUUGUCUGUCUUUUCAGAGAGAAGCCUAGUCUGGGAGAGAUCAGAGUGCUGCUCUACACUAGCGUUGGUGUGACAACGACCCCUGACCCCAGACCUGACCCCUGGUCCCAGCUCCUCCUCACAGACACACACCUGGGACUGGUGCAGGUACAUGAUCAAAUACAUUUUAAUAAUAAAUGAACACAUUCCUUCAUUUAUGCAGGAAGAUGCCAUGCACUCACUCACACUUUCAAAUGUGUCAAGAUUCAUUCAUUCAUUCAUCCAUCCCUCCCUUCAUGCAGGAGAAUGCAGUGUUCCGCCCAGCUCCGCGCCACCUCCCCCUGCUGUCCCGCCAUGCCCAGUUCCAGGGGGUGGCCCUCCGGUGCCGUUCUGACAUCCGCUGUUUGAUGGUCCGAGAUGAGGCCGGGAAUGAAGGUAUUUCAUUUCAUUUAUCUGUCAAUAAAACAGUUUUUUUAACCACAUGUCGAUGCAGUCCAUUUUUUUAAAUCAUCAAGGAAAAACACUAAAAACGUGUUUAGGUUUACCAAUUAAAUUAUUUGGAGCAUAUAUAAGAGUGUGCUUUCUUUUUUUAUUUUGAACACACAAAAAAAAAAAGUUUAACGUAUUUUGAUUGUGGUCUUAGGUGGGGCAACCAGACUGGACAUCAUCCUAUGUCGGAGGACCAGGGGAGAGAGGUGGGACAGGCCUAGGGGACACCCUGACAGAAGAGGCGCUGCUGCUGUAAGGAAGGCCGGAGCCGCCGGAGCCGCCGGAGCCGCCGGCGCCGCCGUCCUGUCCUCUAAUCCAUGUGCUCCGCAGCAGCUGCAGGAGGCAGAAGUGUGGAAAUUACAUUUCAGCUGCUCGUCGGAGGCCGCCUGUCUGAUUAAUCACUUGUCAAACGUCUGA